UGAAGCAGGAGGGGCUGCGCUUCGUGGAGCAGGAGCUGCAGAACAUCACGGUGUCAGACCUGCACGGGAAGGAGGGGCAGUUCCACUACAACAUCAGCCAGGUUAAGGUGACGGACCUGCAGCUGGCAUUUUCUGACCUGCACUUCCAGCCUCAGCAGCACCUCGUCUUCAACGUCAACAAUGCCUCCAUCAGCCUGCGCUUCCGGAGACAGCUGCUCUACUGGUUCUUCUAUGACGUGGGGUCCAUCAAUGCCUCUGCGGAUGGCGUCCACAUCCACACAGUGCUGCAGCUGGCCAAAGACAAGGCUGGGCGCCUGAAGAUCUCUAACAUCACCUGCAACGCCUCCAUCACCAGAAUGCAGGCAGGCUUCUCGGGCACACUCAGGACGGUCUACGAGUUCCUGAGCACCUUCAUCGUCACAGGGAUGCGCUUCCUCCUCAGCCAGCAGAUCUGCCCGUCCCUGGAGCACGCCAGCCUGGUGCUGCUGAACUCCGUGCUGGACACGGUGCCAGUGAAGAACUAUGUGGAUGAGCACAUCGGGAUUGACUACUCCCUCCUGCGGGAUCCGGCCGUCUCCACGGACACCCUCGACCUGGACUUCAAGGGCAUGUUCUUCCCCCGUGCAAGAGAGAACCAGGAGCUGGAGAACCACGCGGUGGAGCCGGUGAUCAAGGAGACCGAGCGUAUGGUCUACGUCGCCUUCUCCGAGUACUUCUUUGACUCAGCCAUGCACGCAUACUUCCAGGCGGGUGUGCUGGCCAUAGAGCUCCAGGGGGAGAAGGUGCCCAAGGACCUGGAGGUUUUGCUGAGAGCCACCUUCUUUGGGACCAUCUUCAUGCUGAGCCCCACUGUGGAUGCUCCCCUGCGGCUGGUGCUGCAAGUGUCGGCUCCCCCGCGCUGCACCAUCAAACCCUCGGGCACCUCUGUCUCCGUCUCUGCCUUCCUCAACAUCUCGCUGAUCCCCCCGGGUCGCCCCGCCGUCCAGCUCUCCAGCAUGGCCAUGGAAACAAAGCUGAGCGCCAAGGUGUUUCUACAAGGGAAGGCGCUGCGCGUGCAGCUGGACCUGCGACGGUUUCGCAUCUACUCCAAGCA